CAGCUAGGAGGCAGCGAGAGGUUCGUCUACCCCGCCCGGGGACGUGCGGCCGGGGCGGGCAUCAGUGGGCCCUGAGCGCCCGAAAGGGAGCGGACAAAGUUUGUCUCACCGGGUCCAGCUGGUUCUCUCGCCCCUGCAGCCCCGCAGGUGCCGCGUUUCCUCGCCCUCCAGCUGCAGCCGCCCGACCAUGGAGUCCCCCGUCCAGAUCUUCCGCGAGGAGCCGGGCCCCAGCUGCUCACCGAACACCUGCCUGCUCCCCAACGCCAGCGGCUGGUUCCCGGGCUGGGCCGAGCCGGAGGGCAACGGCAGCAUGGGCUCCGAGGACGCGCUGCUGGAGUCCGCUCACAUCUCGCCGGCCAUCCCGGUCAUCAUCACGGCGGUCUACUCUGUGGUGUUCGUCGUGGGCUUGGUGGGCAACUCCCUGGUCAUGUUCGUGAUCAUCCGAUAUACAAAGAUGAAGACUGCAACCAACAUUUACAUAUUUAACCUGGCUUUGGCAGAUGCCUUAGUUACAACCACCAUGCCCUUUCAGAGCACUGUCUAUCUCAUGAAUUCUUGGCCUUUUGGAGAUGUGCUGUGCAAGAUAGUUAUUUCCAUUGACUACUAUAACAUGUUCACCAGCAUAUUCACCUUGACGAUGAUGAGUGUGGACCGAUACAUUGCCGUGUGCCACCCUGUGAAGGCUUUAGACUUUCGUACACCCUUGAAGGCAAAGAUCAUCAAUAUCUGCAUUUGGCUCCUGUCUUCAUCUGUUGGCAUUUCUGCCAUAGUCCUUGGAGGAACCAAAGUCAGAGAAGACGUGGACAUCAUUGAGUGCUCCUUGCAGUUCCCGGAUGACGAUUACUCCUGGUGGGACCUCUGCAUGAAGAUCUGCGUCUUCGUCUUUGCCUUCGUGAUCCCCGUCCUCAUCAUCGUCAUUUGCUACACACUGAUGAUCCUGCGCUUGAGGAGUGUCCGACUCCUUUCUGGUUCCCGAGAGAAAGAUCGCAACCUUCGCCGCAUCACCAGGCUUGUCUUGGUGGUGGUGGCAGUCUUUAUUGUCUGCUGGACCCCCAUUCACAUUUUCAUCCUGGUGGAGGCUCUGGGGAGCACCUCCCACAGCACGGCUGCCCUCUCCAGCUAUUACUUCUGCAUUGCCUUAGGUUAUACCAACAGCAGCCUGAACCCCAUCCUCUAUGCUUUUCUUGAUGAAAACUUCAAGCGGUGUUUCAGAGACUUCUGCUUUCCGAUUAAGAUGAGGAUGGAUCGACAGAGCACUAGUAGAGUCAGAAAUACAGUUCAGGAUCCUACUUUCAUGAGGGAUGUUGAUGCAGUAAAUAAACCAGUAUGACUAGUCGUGGAGAUGUCUUAUAGUUCUCCUGGAAGGGAAGAGUUCAAUGAUAUAAGUUUAACUCAGAUUAGUACUGAAGUCUGAGAUGGAAAGCUAGAAUUUUUAACAAACUUUUAGAAAUCUCAUGGUCUGAAGUCAUAAGGUGUAGGCUGCUUUAGCAACCCAGGUCAGUGGCAGCAUAAAGCCUGUAGAGCUGGAAUACAAAAGAUCCGAGUAAACAAAGACAGUCCCUGGCUAGAGCAGGGAAGCAAGGUUGACUCCUAGGUCCUUUGAUGAACAAAGAAACAAGCCUUUUUCUCUUAGUUACCUAGAUUUAGUUCAGAACCCAUCUGUUGUAGCCUUCCUAUGCAGUAUGGUUUGAAAAGCUCUGUUUAGAAAAAAGAAAAAGAAAAAAAUACUGGUUUCAGAAAUUAGUGGGCAUCCAAUCCAGAUGCUCAACCUUGACAGCAACAGCUCCAUAAGAACAAGAACUAUUUCUGGGCCUCAGGUCGAGCUCACUUUAUGCUCUGCGGACACACAUUUUAUGUGGCUGUGAUGAGAAUUCCAGCUUAACUAUGACUUGGGCCCACACCUGUGGUGUCUGAUGUUCAUUUAUAAUGGAAAAUUAUUCUGAUAUUUUGAAGUUAUUUAAACAUACAAAAGGUGGUUUGCAACAUAGUUUAAUUUCUUGAAAACUACUGUUUGUUUUUGAGCAUGCUAUUCAGAUAAAUAAACUUGUAAUAAAGUAUGUCCUGAUGUCAAGAAUUAUAAA